GAGCUGCGUGGACUCGACCUACUCGUCAAAGAAACGACUGCUGUCUUUUCUGAGAUAUCAUUUAUGACUAACAGCACGUAGAGCCUGGGACCAAAACAACAAGCGCAGUAUCCAGCACCAACCGGCGGCAGAUUGACUAGUCACUUGACAACCUGCCACUACAGAGUGGCCGGCGACAGGCAACGGCGGCUUCAGCCACCACCAUCCCGUACCGUCAACGCCAAGUAGCACCAGAUACGACCCCGCACCAGCAUCGCUACGUACCUACGUACUUCGUAGAUAUUAAGGUCGCCCAUCAUAAUCCAACCCAACGCUGCCUAAUCAAGACAGAACCACGGCGAAUCCCUAAGCCUCUCUUGAUGUACAACCUCAACCACCCUGCGCCGGCUCCCGAGACUGCUCGCGACACCACCUCCGGCCCCCGCACGCCCCGGCUCAAGAUGCCGCACUUCAGCCACGAGGAACCGAGUUCCGCCGACAAGGAGGAGGCUGGCAAGCCCCUCGGCGGCGAGUGGGAUACGUGCUCCUCAUCCAGCAGCUGGGCCGAAAUUACUCGUGCCGACACUGGGCAGCACAAGCCGCAGGUGCUGCAGCCAGCAGUCUCCAGCGCGACCGGUGAUGGUCUCACAGCCCGGGCUCUCGAGAAACUACGGGUCGUACUGCCCGAUCGGUCCAACAACGCCGGCCAGUGGGCACGAACGCAGUCUUUACACGGCGAGAGCCUCGGCGCGGAACGUCCACAAGAAGGCAUUCCACCUGCCGGCGACCCAGAGCCCGAGGCUGCCGAGGCGGAGCGCCCCCGAGACCACCCCAAGGCGCCGUCGAGCAGUCGGCCGAGCACCAGCUCCAGCGAAGGGUUCGCCCACGUAGAUCUUCCAAGCGAAGUCGAGAGGGACCUCAUAGGCACUGGCGCCAGAUUCGACGUUCCGACCCCUUACCUCGCAACCAUGACUUUACUUGAAGUCGAUGAGCCUGACGCCCCGGCAAAGAAGGGCUCGGGAUCCAGGGCGAGCAAGGGUCGUAAAUAGUGGCCUUGACAAAAAACAGAAGGAGAGUUGGGGGCUGCCCUACCCUUGCUUGGCCUCAUCAGCCUCGGUGGGAUCCACAACCACUGUUCCACAACUCCUCACGACUGAACGACUAUAUUGACCUUGCAAGGCGAAAUACCCUUCGUCCAGCCAAUCCCUGACUUGAUGGCUCACUUGAUUUGUUCUUCUCCUUGUUGGCUUUCUGUCUGUCUUUCAUGCGGCGUCGAGGUUCGAAAUUGGGAUCGAGAUGGAGUGAAAAAGCAGGUGUUGGGCCAGAAGGACCAAAAAGGGAGACAAAAGGUAUACCCCAUUGCUUCGGAGCGUCUUGAUAGACCAAGGGAAGGCCUUCUCCUUUAUGGUUAGCAUUCUCCAUGUUUUCUUCCCUUCUUUGCAACACGCCUAGACAUGGCAUUAUCUUACUCGGCGUUUGGUUUCUUGCUUCCUUUUUCUCAUUUUGAUUGGCUGGACUCGGG